AAAUAAACCAUCAUAAUGCUACAGGAACAAUGGAUGAUGUUGUCGAAGAGUAUGCAAUUAUUCACAAGACAAAAGAUGGGGCGAAUCAUGUAGUUGGAGAUCAAGAGCAAGGCUCGGAAGACAAAGAGUUCUUUCCCUAUGGUGUUAGCCCCCCUGAACCUCCAAGAUUGUACACAGUUCUAGACACUGAAGAAGAUGCAAAUGACAUUCCAAAGCACAAAACAAAGUACAAAUAUUCACAAAUAACGGCCAGAGAAUCGAUAGCAAGCAUGUCAGCAAGGACAUCAGAAAACCCAUAUGAAUCGUUGCCAGACAGCCUUGACAAUACCUACACACGGGUUGAAGGCUCUCUUGUGGAAGAAAUAGAAACAGUGCACAGAGCAGGUGGCUUGGGAGGAGCAAACAGGAUUAGUCAGAUCAGUGACACAUAUGCUGAAAUAGGAAUAUCUGGAGGAAGUGUAAAAUACAACAGCAUCAAUAGACAUCUAGCAGAUGACAAGAAAAUUGUUCUUAGCACCACAACAGCGUCACUUUUGCACCCAGUCAACCAAGUCAAUGGACAACAUAUUUACAGCAAUAGCAGUCAGUCAAGACAGAACUAUAUUGCCUCAGCUGGUGUGAGUGGCAGCAGUUCAAAUCAUCAUGAGAACAUUCCAGAAUAUAAAAAUUCAGGUGAUACUUAUGUGACACUCAAUGAGGAAUCUAGUUCUUUGUCUGCUGCUGAAUCACAAGGAAUUCUUCAUCUGUCAAACAGUUCGACCAUCCAGGGUCAAGGUUCAGGCAGCAGAACUGUACAAGAGGUCAAGGGUUAUGAUGAUUAUGAGGACGUGGGUGAAACAAAAGGAAAUGGAGCUCACAGUAAGCCUAAAGUUGUAGGCAAUAAGGCUGAUACAGGUGUUGAGCAUAAAAAGGUUGGACAGAGAAGGGCAAUGCUUGAUCACAAAUAA